AUGUCGCCAUGUUGGAAUGGUCUGCUUGCAGGUUACACCAGCCAAGCGCCCUCUCCAUCCUUCAUACAACUUCCCAGUCCAUUCAGGACUAUUGAAUCUGACAGUAUCCUUCGACUAACGGCCACGGCCGUGCCGCCGAAGAUGGCUGGGCGGCGAAGAGUUAGCCCAGCUGAAGACUCUGACUAUACCACCAUCCCGACUGACUUGAUAUGGCAGACAUCUGGCAAAGCGCAAGAGAGCGACAGCGAAUUGGUCCAGAUCUUUCGCUUUCUCGAUCUGCCUUCCGAGGUUCGAAACUUGAGCUACGGCAAGUUGUUCACGAAUCCCGGUCACAAGCUCGAAUCUGGCCGAAGAUACUUGCCGACGAGGUCAAGCAAGAAGCCCACAAAAGGAUGGAAACCCACAGAACGCUGGUAUCGCGCCGAAGCUGCCCUUCCUCGUAUUGGCGAGAUGGACGAGAAGGCCGGCGUAUUGGUUCAUAUGAACUUGAUUCGCACAUGCGCAUAA